AUGGAUAAUGUAAGAUGUUUGAUUUGCUCAAGAAGAUUAAAAAGUCAGGAUUCACUUCUUCUACAUGUUAAAUCAGCACAUUUGAAUGCUCCUAAUAAUACUAAUAAGAAAGCAAAAAGAAAACCAAAAAGGCGUAAUGGUAAUGACAACAGUGAUGAUAGAGAUGAUAAUGGUAAUGGCAUUGAUGAAAUUAAAAAAGGAGACAAAGAUAGAAAUCUUAUAAUUAUUGAUGAUGAUGAUGAUGACAAUAGUAAUAGCAAUAUUCAUAAUCAAAAUAUAAAAAACAUCAUUACUACAUCAACUAAAGGCAAAGAAACUAUUAAUCAAUCCAAUAAUAUCAUUGAAAUAUAUCCGCAAUUUCCUUGUGAAAUGUGCAAUGCGUCUUUUUCUUCACUAUUAGAAUUAAGCAAUCAUAUAGAUUCCAAUCAUCCAGAAGCUUAUCACCCAAUUCUAAUCACUUGUCCUGGAUGUAAAGAAGUCAAUCAUAAUAGAUAUUCGUUUAGUAGACAUAAAAGGCUUGUUCAUAAUAUGAAAGGUAUUCAGGAGGAUGAAAUAAGACAUGUUCCACUAACAUUCAAGCAAAAGAAAGGCAAAAAAAAAAAAUCAAAAAUCAAAAAUCAAGGUCCAUUAAAUAAAGUACAACAUAGUAAUCAAACAAACAAUCAGACACAGAAUCCACACGCAAUUCCAAAUAUUAAUUCACCAGGACUCAAUAAUAACAAUAAUACUUACACCAAUAGUGGUAGUCUUCCUCACAAUAAUCAUAUCAAUAAUUUUAACCCCAUCAAUAAUUUUAAAAUGGUAGAUCCUUAUCGCUACUAUGGCAAGGCAAAUAUGACCGAAGAAGAAAAAAGACAGCUAAUAAUUAAACUUCCAAAUGAACCAAUACCCAUAGGGUAUACUAGCUUAAGGGACAUCUUGCCCAGGGAAAAAGAUUUAACUAUUUUCAUGGAUUAUGUUUAUUUGUUUGGUGAUAUAGUUGAAAUGUUAGGAAACCCCAAUGAAACAUUUACAAUUUUUGCACCUACUAAUUCAGUGUUUCGUAACCUACCAUACCAACCUACAAGUAACAUUUCUGUAACAGAGGAUCCAACGACAAAAUUACAUAAUUUUGUGUUAGGACAUAUUGUUGAAAAAAACUUGAUCUCGCUUUCUGUUGGUGAAGAAUUACAGACAAUGUAUGAAAAUGUUAAAAUCAAAGUUGACAAAGAUAUCAAGGAUGAAAAAUACUUGUUGAAUGGAAAUAUACACACUAGCGAGAAUUAUAAGGCUGAUAAUGGAAUAUUUUAUAAGGUUGAUGGAUUAUUAGUUAAAGAGUAUUGA